AUCGUCAGUUUCGGGCAAGCCACGCUAGUACGCACGCGCGGCUCUACAUGUGGAGAUAGAAAACGAAGAUAAUAAAACUGGACACAGCGACAUGUAAACAAACCCACGUGUGAUCAGAGAGAAAAAUUAAAAAAGAGAGAGAAAGAUAGAGAAAGAGAUAAAGCAUUGUGUCAGUCAGCGGUUCAGGAGCGUGAGGAGCGGGAGGGAAGGAUCAGUGAGAGGACAAGGAGGACGGGAAGACAGGAACGGCAAGGACAACCACCAUGAACGAGGAUGAGAUGCAGUUGGCUCAGGCCCUUGCCAAGAUGGGCGGGCCGCGCACUCCCAUGGCGGCAAAACUGAAGAACAAGUUGCAAGGAUUUAGGCGGACACGUUCCCUCAAUGCCCCGUCACCCAUCCAGCAGUUUGGUCCGUGUGGUCGUAUCAUGCGCAACUCAGCAAUGGUCAUGACCAUCCAGGACCCUGCCAGCCAGCGCCUCACGUGGUACAAGCCGCCCCUGUCAGUGCUGGUGAUCAAGAAAGUGAGAGAUGCGCAGGUCAUUCAGCCCUUCAUCCAGCUUGUCAAGUGGCUCAUCAUUGAGAAGCGCAUGGUGGUGUUCGUGGAGGCGUCAGUGAUGGAGGACAGCCACGUCACGAGUCACGCGGGCUUUCCUCUACUGAAGGACAAACUCAUGAACUUCAGGGAGGGACAAGACGACCUCACAGAUAAGAUUGACUUCAUCAUUUGCCUGGGCGGGGAUGGAACGCUACUCUACGCCUCCUCUCUCUUCCAGCAAAGUGUUCCCCCAGUCAUGGCCUUCCAUCUGGGCUCCCUCGGUUUCCUCACGCCCUUCAAGUUUGACAAUUUCCAGGACCAAGUUACUAAUGUUCUCGAGGGUCACGCAGCACUCACCCUGCGUUCUCGCCUUCGCUGCAUCAUUAUCCGCAAGGACCAGGAGACAGGGAAGGGGAGUCGCCCCCCUACCAACCUCCUGGUGCUCAAUGAAGUGGUGAUUGACCGCGGCCCUUCACCUUACCUCUCCAAUAUUGACCUGUCUGACGGCAAACGCAUCACUUCGGUUCAGGGUGAUGGGCUCAUCGUCUCCACCCCAACGGGCAGCACCGCCUAUGCUGUCGCCGCGGGUGCCUCCAUGAUCCACCCGUCAGUGCCUGCCAUCAUGCUGACCCCCAUCUGCCCACACUCCCUCUCAUUCAGACCCAUUGUGGUGCCCGCUGGAGUGGAACUAAAGAUUGCAGUCUCUAAAAACAGCAGAAACACAGCCUGGGUAUCCUUUGAUGGCAGGAAAAGACAAGAACUAUUUUACGGGGAUAGCCUGCGCGUCACCACCUCCAUCUACCCCGUGCCGUCCAUCUGCGCCGAGGACCAGAUCGCCGACUGGUUCGCCUCCCUGGACGAGUGUCUGCGUUGGAAUGACCGUAAGCGACAGAAACACUUUGAUGAGCCAGAGGACCCAGUAGACCUCACUCCAGACCUCACUCACUCCUCCAGCUCAGACACCCUCGACUCCCUCAGUGAAAGAAAUGAGGUCUGUGAUAAUUAGGUUUACUGAAAAUAAGGUUGAAGCGAGCAGUACUUUCUCAGCGAGCUUGUGAUCAAGAGACAAAAGUUGCCAACAAUGCACAAAGGCAACACUCACCAUUUCUUCAAGUUCGCUCACUCCUGUAGGUGCAGGAAGCUCCGUUGCCGCACACACAGAUUGCAAGUAUCAGCGGCUCUCACACCCUGGGGCACUCAAGCCCCAUCACAAGCACAGUACCUAAAGUGAAGGCCACAGCGUGACACAGCUCUCGUCAGGGCCACACUCCAGCUGCCGGGGACACACAGCCACGUCACCCUGGCCACCACUCACAGCUGCCCCACGCCUCACUCUGCUUUGCUCCCAGUGUCUGGUUGGCCCACGUCACUCACCCCAAGGGACAUUCUCACUGGGUGGUGUGGAGUGAGGGAGGCAGGGGUGUGAGGGGGGAGGGGGUGUAUGAGUGAGAGAAGAGAUGCUUGUUAGGGAAGAUGUAUUCAGCUGAUCCUUCUAAACCUUAUUUCUGUGAUACAAUGAAGAGGUGUGAAGUGAGAGUGUCCACAGUAUUGUCCGGCCUCCACAGAGACUGAGAUGCAUGACAGUGGUGGUGUUAGGGUGUGGAGGCACCACCAGCGGCAGCAGGCAUGGUGGUGAUGGUGGUGAUGGUGCCAGUAGCAGUAGCAGUAGUUAGGGGUGGGUCCUCACCUGCUGGUGGUGUAUGAUUGAGGGGAGGCAGGGGCAUGCGGCAGCAGCAGCACAGCCCAGCCUCCGCUGUGUGGAUUGAAGCUUCAGGCAACUUAUGAAUGUUUGUUAUGAAACAUGAUAUUAUUAGAGACAUUUAUACAUUUUUAGCAAUGUUUUAUAUUUACCUGCAAUUUGUAUAUACAUUUUUUAAAAUUUAGGUCUUGACUUGAUUACUUUCUUAUUUCCUCAAUUUUUUUGAGGCUAAAUGUAAAGUUUGUAUUGAGGGAAGUGUUUGGAGAGAGUUAGGCUGCUUGAAUGUUGGUGGAGUGAGGCAGGGCAUGCCAGCGGGUGUCAGGCAUGAGUGGCGUCAGGUCCCACUGGGUGUUGCCUGGCGGAGGUGCUCCUCAUGCCAGCCUGGAGGAGGUGCACCACUCACAAGAGGGGGUCUUUUAAAUACUCUGCCUGUUGUUGUUUUAUUUGUUUUAGCCUCUCUCCAAAAGAUCAUGUACAACUUCCAUGGAAUAUGGGAACAAUUAUUCUUUAAUCUCUAUGAUGCAGGACAGAAUACGAGGAAUUUAGGCUGUAGUUUUUGUGAAAAAUAAAGUUUCUACUAAAGUGGAGGUGCAUACAAGUGGUGCAUCACAGACACGAUAGUCGUGGGAAGCGAGUGUUACUUUUGUGUCCCAAGGCUGGACGCAGGCUGUGGUAUUCACCCAGGCCUGUCUGCUGCCCACUGACACACCCACCCAUUCCCUGCAGAAAGAUCCCAAAACUUGUCUCUGGGUUGCACUCAAAUCACACACACACACAUAUGUGAGUGAGGUCAUGCACGGCAGUGUCAGUGAUAGAGCCUGGGUGUGCCUCAUCCAGGGGUCAGGUGUGUGUUGGGUGUUUGGAGUCCACAAGACUAGUACGGAUAGGAGGCUGUAGACUAUGGUGGAGUUCUUAAAGCAGCUCAGUAGCACCCUUUGUGCUGCUUGUCUUAGAUUCUGAGUGUGAAGGGAUCAACAUUGAUCUGCUAGACAUAUCAAGGUGGCAGUGUAUGCUGUGUGCUGGUGGUGCUUGGGUGGACACACACACACACACACACACACACACACACACACACACACACACACACACACACACACACACACACACACACACACACACAGUGCAGGAUGUGGUGGUGCUGUGUUGUGUCCAUCAGGAGGAGUCACUGUGGUGACUGGUUGGAUGUUCUGCUCAACAUUGUAAACUUUUCUGAGCGGUAAUGAUGUGGUGCUGGUGUAGAGACCCGUGCAAUAUUUGUGUGUUGCUGAUGUGAACCAGGAAUGAAGAUGUGUCAGUUCUUUAAAAUGUUCUGUCUAAGUAGCAGCUGCGGCCAAACCAAAGUCACUACCUCACUGGUGGUGGAGAGACACCACCACCACCACCACCACCACUGCCUGUGUGGUGGCUGAGCAGAGCACCACCAAGCGGCAGCAGCAGUGUGUACUCUGCCUGCUGCAUCACAGCUGCCUGGCACACUGUCACUGCCUGAGGGACCACAUCACACACUCAUGGGAUCUGCCUCACACUUUCCUUGUGUCUGGCGAUGGUUGGGCAGGUACAGCGUUUGCUGUGGUGUUGUGCUGCUGUACAAGGGUCGGGGUGGCUGCAGGUGGUGACUACCUUCACCACACACACAAACCUCCAGUAACUUCCAGUUUUGGUGAUAAGGAGCAAGCCUCUGGCUGUGGCUCAGGUGUAGCACACAAAACUAGCCCUAUUUUUGUACUGAAUAAAAUUUUUACUAAAAGAAACCUUUGAAAUAGUUAGUUAGUCUGUUACUUUAUCCUAUUGGUAUGUAGAUGUAGUAGUUAGUCUGGUAAUGAAGAUUUUAAGAUUAAUCUCUAAUUAUUUAUUUGUGAUUGUUUUGUAGUGUGAGAAAAUUUGCAAAAUAUAUAUCUAUAUAUUAUAUUGUUAUGAUUUUUUGAGAAAUUAUAUUCAAAAAUCAAAACAGUGCAUUUCAUGUUGAUGGUCGUUCCAAAUUUGUCCUGACCACUGUACUCGCACGACAGUCUUAAGGCAACUUUUGCUGAGGCAAGAGAGUCGAUGGAGGGAGUUGUUACAGUAGGGCACUGGUGCAGCACUGGUGCUAGUGCUGGUGCAGGUGCAGGCACUGCUGGUGUUGAGGGAAGGAGCAAGUGUACAGGAAGAGACAGACAGACACAGUGGUCUUGCAAGCUCUGUGAGGGAACUGCAAUGUGAAAUAAGAUACUGUAUUCUUAUAGACAAUAUCCUGUAUAAGUUGGAUUCAGUAAGGAGGAAAAUUAAAACACUGACUCCACCACACAUUGACCUGUUAGUUCUGGAUGCAUUUAAGAAGUUAGGAGGAGUAGGUUUGACGCACAACUGUGAAAGCACACUGUCUGAAGAUGAGAACAACAGAGGUCCACUCUGGCUCAUAGAUUUAUCCUUAAUUGAAGUAUUAUAAGUGAAUCAGAUGGUGUUUGGUGUGUGUGUGGUGGUGUGAGUUGUGCUGCUUUUUAAUCAACAAAAAUUGAUACACAGAACUUGUGAAAAAGCUCUCAGACAUUGAGAACAAGAAUAUUACAGACCAUUGCAGGGCUGAUGAGUCUCAAUGGAGGGCCACAGACCUUGCAAGACCACUGCGUGUGUGUGUGUGUGUGUGUGUAUGUACGUACGGAGAAAAUAGAGACUAAUAUAUUUGUGUGUAUGUAUUUCAUAGACUUUUUAUAUAUAAAGUUUAUUGUAAUGUUGCACUGUCACCUGUUUUACCAGUUAUUGGGUCACCUCUGCUGUGUGUGAGAGCACCUGGCACUGCCUAGGAUGACCAGACGCCACAGAGAGUCUGUGAGGAGACCAGAGCCAGGGUGUGAUAAAGACCAAUGGGCUGGAAAAGUUACAGAGACUAGCAGAGUUAGAGAAGGAUGAAAGGCAAUAACAGACAGACCAGAAGUGAUGUGUGACAGAGACUUUAAGAGGAUAGAAAUGGUAGAUAGAUAGAUUUUAUUGAAAACAGCUUACAGUAAUGACAUAUAAAAUUGGGAAAAGGAAAGGAGGAAGGGAGACAACAGAUAUGUGGCAGAGACUUCAUUAAGGUGGAAAUGUUAAAGACUUAAGAGAAAGGGAAGUAGAACAUCAUAGAUAUGAAGAGUGAAUGAAAAGAAAAUGUGACAGAUUUACGUGAUUGAAGUGCUACAGAGAAAAAAGAUUGAAGAAAGGAGAAAGAGAUGAUAGUGGCGAUGACAUGACUCAGAUGACGAGUUGAAGAAUACUAAAUAGACACUGGUAGGGAGACAUACUGACCAGAGAGAAAGAGAGGAACAGAUGUGAAAUGAACACUUGGUUAAUGGAGGUGAAUGUUUGCCUUGGUGGUGUGGGAGAAAGAAGAUGUCAUACAGAUGAUUGUGAAAUACUGUACCAACCAGAGUUUAGACAAUAACAAGACAACACAGACAAUGACAAUAAUAAAAACCCAGCAGAACAAACUUUAGAUGGAAAGAGGAACAGUUUUAAUAUGACAUGAUAGGACAGACAUACUAACAGACAGACAGACAGACACAGGAAGGGAAGGCAGAGUGGUGAAUGGCUGUAUGUAUAUCAGUGAAGAAACAAAUAACUGAAAUAUCACCAAGACAUUCCACAUUUUGAACUCAUGAAAGAAAAGCAGUCAUUGUCGUUUUUUAUCAAGUUUUUGUACAUAAGGUGAGGUCUAGACAGGUCAUGUGUAGAGAGUUGAAGGGUCUGAGGUCACUUACGAGUAUUUAUUAAAAAAAAAAGUUAUUAUA